AUGUCUUAUCGGGGUUCCUUCUCCAAUCGCCGAGGGCAUUCCCCUUCUCGCCCCUCUCAGGGCUCAUCCUCUCGUCCUUCUCAAGGAUCCUCCUCAAAUCCCUCUCAAGCGCCACCUUCUCGCUCUACUCAGGCAUCGAUUUCUGGCUUUCUCAGAAACCUCUCUUCUCGCGAUCAAGGAGCGAGCCCCUCUCAGGGGCCUCCUGCUCAAGGGCCCCCCUCCCGUCCUCAGGGAUCCUCCUCUCGUAGUUCUCGUGGAGCUCCUGAUCCUAGUCAGAAAUCGAUCUCUGGCUUUUUCAAGAACCUCACUACCCGCGAUGAACAGGAAGAGCCGUCCCAGCGAUCGUCUUCACGUCCCUCUCAAGCACCACCAUCUCGCCCUUCUAGAGGAUCCUCCUCUCGUCUCUCUCGAGGACCUCCUGAUCCGACUCAGAAGUCAAUUUCCGGCUUUUUCAAGAAUCUGACUACCCGUGAUGAACAGGGAGAGCCCUCUCAGCAAUCGUCUUCUCGUCCUUCCCAGGGAUCGCCUUCACGCCCCCCUCAAGGCUUCGAUUCCCUGGGGUCCCCUUUGCGUCGAGAGGAGUCACCCUCUCGUCCCUCUCGUCGGCAAGAAUCACCUUAUCGUCGCCUGGAGUCGCCCGCUCGUCCCCGUCACCCCGAUCCUCCCGCUGAGAUCCCUUCUCAUCUUGAUGAGAACCUUGCCGAUAUUGACCCCGAUGUGGUAAAUGGCUGGGCAUGUCUAGUCACACAAAACUGGAACCCGCGCGAUCAUACACUUCCACAAGGCCUGGUUCCUGGCCUCAGGGUAAUGAAAGGCGACGAGGUAUGGGUCCUUCGCACAAACCAAGGCUACGGCUUCGUUCAUCGUCCACACGGCGCAACGUAUUUGCGAGGCUGGGUAACCCUUGAUGUUCUCUUUAAGGGCGUUCAACGCGUUGAUCCUCUUCCAAUCGAGCUCCCCCAGGUUCGCAACGUCGGCCAAGGUCAGACCGGAACAGGCCAAAACGCCUCUCCACCUCAAGAUGUGCUUCAUGCAACACUUCGCGAUCUCUGGCAGAGUAUCAAACGCGACGGAAACACGCUCAACGAGGCUCUUUCUGGAAUGUCAGAAUCCAGCAAGAGUAUAUUCUUCCAUAAGAGAGCAUCUGAGUAUGGUGACUUUGUCAACAAGUGUAUUACAAAGGAAGCCCGUAGAAUCAUGGAAAGCGGCAAAUUCGAGAUUGAGGACCUGAAAAAGCUGACCCCGGUUUCUUCCAAAUGGCCCAAGGAAGCGGGAAUUUAUGUCAUCAUUUACAGUGACUUCGGUGGCCGCAAAAUACAGGACAUUCUACACGAAUGUGCCUUCUACGUCGGUCAAACCAUCGACUUCUAUGCGCGCAAGAAAGAACAUGAAAAGAACGCCAGGAAUGGAUAUAACAGCGUUCAUUAUCGUCUCGCCUCAAAGGCCAAGAAGAUGAUAAUGGUGCCAAUCGUGAUACAAACCACUUCUGACGUUCCGGCUAAUUUUCUCGACAUCGCCGAGUUCUCUAUGGUUUGUCUCCUCAAGAGUUGGUACACAGUCUUGUUCUCUCCUUCUGGCCCCAACGUUGUUGGAUCAUACAACGGCGAUUUCACUGCCUGCUUGACGUUUAACCGCCUGAUGCGUCCAAUUCGCUCUAGAACUGGUUGGGGCCCUGGUUACUCCUAUGGCUUGAAUUGGGAGACGCCAGUCUUCAAACACCCUAAAGUCGAAGAGUCUUGGACGUCAUGGUACAACUCAACUAAGCAGGCUUACGUUUAUCGCACACGUCGAGUCAUCCAUGUCAAAAGGGAUGACAUACAUGUCUGGUGGGGUAAUCACAUGGUAGUUCAAAUUCCCCUUAAAGUUGGCCAGGAAGCAGGCUUCAAACACAAACAACCAGUUCACCUCGUGGUCGAGGUUGCCAAGAAUAAGGAAGGCAAGUAUCUCACUCAUCCCAUGCGCCUUGUUCGGUUUCCUCCCGAGAUUGGCCGGAACUCAGAACUCGAGAAGCUUAAAUCUCUUGCGAUUAUGAUCCAGUGGCUUCCUGAGGGAGAGACUGAAUGGAAGCAGUACUAUCUUGAGCGACGACAAAUCUGGGAGGCUAUUAGCAAGACGAACCCCGCCCUGCGUAUAUUUCGUAUUGGGAUGGGUGUGCUCUGCGACGUCGAAAAGGUGACCUAUACCAACAGCCCUGACUGGUUGCCCCCAAUGCUACGAUCCAAAGUCAACUUCCUUCGCUACGACCAUCUUCAGCAAAAGCGAGUACUAGAGUUAAUCGAGCCCCAGCAUUUACAAUGGCCUGAGAACUAUACUAUGGACCAUAACAAAGCCAGACUUCUUGAACUCUUCCCACCGCAGCAGUAUCCGGACACUCGCAUUGGGGAAAAGCCUGGACAUGGGUUUUUACCACAUGGGCGGAAAGCAUGCGAUAUGUGUUUAUCUCAGCGAACAACGACCAAGUGCAAUUAUGACCUGAAUGAUCACUCAUGCCAGUGUUGCAGGCCUCUAGAACGCGUGUGUACAUGGUCUCGAGCUUCCCAGGGCGAAGCCAUCACGGAUUCAUUUCUCCAUGGCAAGCCACUCGAGGAGCUUGGCAUCGCAUUGAAUGUAUCCAGAAAUGAGGGCGCAUUCGUCAAGACCAUGGAAGUACCCCCAUUUGAUCCCGAGAUCGAGAAUGAGGAACACGCUGAGUUGACAGGGGAUCAGUAG